UCAAGAUACCCUCUGGAAUGAGCAAGAAACCUCGUUUGAAGCGGCCUGCUAAUAGCCCAUCGUUUAGGCUCCCGAGCAUCAGUGGAAGGAGUAGCUUCGUCUUUUUAUUUAACCCACCAAAAAAGACUCUGGGAGUGCUUAGCUUUGGCCAUAUUAUAACAGCGAACAUGAUGCUCGAGCUGAUUUCCAGUGUAAAAUGCUUCGAAGGCGAGCAGCGCGUCUACCAGCACAGCUCCAAAACGCUGGACUGCGACAUGACCUUUGGAGUGUUUCUGCCGGCCGCUGCCCUUGAAGACAAGACGCCCUGCCCGGUGCUAUUCUUCCUGAGCGGUCUCACCUGCACGCACGAGAACUUCAUACAGAAGAGCGGCUUCCAGAAGUACGCCGCCCAGCACGGGCUCAUCGUGGUCAAUCCAGACACCUCGCCCCGUGGCAUCAAACUGGAGGGACAGGAUGAUGCGUACGAUUUCGGAAGCGGUGCCGGUUUCUAUGUCGAUGCCAAACAGGAGCCCUGGUCGAAGCACUACAAGAUGUACAGCUAUGUCACGGAAGAACUUGUUGAAUUGGUCAAUGCCAAUCUCCCAGUGGCGGCCGGAAAACGUGGCAUCUUUGGCCACAGCAUGGGUGGACACGGUGCCUUGAUCUGCGCCCUUAAGAACCCUGGCCUCUACAAAUCGGUCUCGGCAUUUGCCCCCAUUGCCAAUCCCUCGGAGGGUGCAUGGGGCCAAAAGGCCCUCACCGGCUACAUUGGCGCUAAUAAGGCUGACUGGGACCAGUGGGAUGCCACCCGACUGGUCUCCCAGUACGAGAGCACGCCCCAGGAGCUAUUCAUCGAUCAGGGAUUGGCGGAUAACUUCCUUGCCGCCAAGCAACUGCUGCCGGAGAAUCUACUAGCGGCCGCCGACUCCAACGAACAUAUUCAGACCAUCUACAAGCAGCGCGAAGGCUACGAUCAUGGCUACUUCUAUAUAUCCACAUUCGUGGGCGAACACAUUGCCUACCAUGCCAAUCUAUUGAAGGCAACCAAUGUUUAAGAAUUAAAUUCUGUUAAAGAACUGAA